AUGUGUCCGAUACCAUUUUUGAGCAUAGAACUGCACGAGCGAUUACGACAGUUAGACAUUGCUCUAGAUUGUCCUUACAAUUUGUAUUUAUUAAUUGCAAAUUUACCGUCACUGAAACGCCUACGAGUUCGGCAAUUAGUUCAUGCUGUACUAGACACGACAGUUGAAAACUAUUCAACGACAUCUGUUUCAUGUAAUCAAAUAACAUUUUUUUCAUUAAUAACUGUACUAUACAUUGGUAACGCUGAGUAUUCUUUAUGGAGAAAUUUAAUAAAAAACUUCAAAUGUCUUACUCAUUUAUCGUUAUAUUUAAAUUUUGGAACAUCUGAUGGAUUCCCGAACUAUGAGGAAGAAAAAACCUUAUUCUCAACAUUAUCGGUACUGGAAACGUUUGAUUUUUCCAUUCUGGUAAUCUUGCGACGAGUCCCAUACGCAGUUGAUGUACAACAAAUCAAAUCAUCAUUUAAAUCAAGCACAAAAGGAUAUUCUUCAAUAGAAUGUUAUGAAGUUAAACGGCCACGAGUAAUACGUCAUUAUCAUCUCUAUUCAUUGCCUUUUGAUGCUAAAUAUGGUUUUGGUCUUAUCCUUAGUUAUGCUCACUUGUUAAUGAAAACCCCACUGAUUAUGGCCACUGAUAAAUGGACAUCUGUACGUAAACUUCGCAUUAUUCAAGGAGAGAUAACGACUAAAUUUUUAGUAUUCAUUCAACAAAGAUUUCCAAUGUUAACAAAAUUACACUUUGGUUCAAUAGUACUUAACACUGACAUUUCACUGACAAAUCAUGUACGAUUAAACAAUAUCAUUGAAUUAGGAUAUCCUUAUCGUUAUGAUAAGCACAUUCUUCUACAUAUAUUUAAACUUUUACCAAAUAUUCGAAUUUUAAAAAUAGCACUCGAAGAUCUGACGAAGAUAAUACAACAAGCUGCUGAUGUCUUAUUGUUGAAAGAUAUGCUUAAAUUAGAAGUUUCAGUUAGAUUAUUUGAUUCAAAAAUGGCUGAUGGACUAAGAAGAGCGUGCGAUUAUUUCGAAAGCAUUAAAGUAUUAAAACUAAACAUUGACGAGUCAUCCCAUGCUACGAAUAUGUAUCGAAUCGUCGACAUCUUAUUAAAUUCAGAAACGAUAAUGGAAAGUUUUAAUAUCAUUUCUAUAAAACUGAGAAUUGAUUUUUGGCAACAAAUAGAUCCGGUUUAUAUUGAUAAACUCGUACAUAGACGAUUAAACAACGACAGACCAUUUUAUUAUAAGCGUACAGCUUGUUCUUUUCAUUUAUGUCGAUAG